AUGGAUAAAUUUCUCGUCGAAAGGUUCGAUUUGGAACCGAAUUCUAACGAUGAAACUCCGAUUGAUUCGUUUAAAUUACUUCAUGAUUUCAACGCCUAUCAAACAGCAUUGCAUGAAUAUGCGUCGAAGCAUCAAUUAACCGAUUUCGAAGAAUAUUACUACCGCAUUGAAACUGAUCCUCGACGAAAAUUUCUGUAUGAUGUCAGUCAAACAUAUUUCGAUAAUUAUUUUCUUUCGAUCUAUUUCAUUUUAUCGAAUCCAUUUCUAAUCACUCAACCAACGUUUCAUAAUCUGUAUGCAACUAAACAUCUCUUGCCGGAUAUCACCGAUCAUAUCAUCCAUCUUUAUGAAACUAUGAAUGAGAAAGCAUCGAGAUUUUCUAAUAAAUUCCUAUUAGAAAAAUUUAUCGCCAAUCUCGAGUUCGAUUCUCUACCGGAUGAAUUAACCGGUGAAGAUUAUAAAGAAUAUUUCAAACUAUUUGCUCGCGAGGCAACCCGGUUGAAGACUUACCUAAUCGGCUUGAGUCAACAACCGAAAUGGCUCGAACAUUCUGAACAAGGACUCGCUCAAUUCGAACCGGAAAUCUAUCAAUUCUAUUUCGAAUACAAUACUGGAUUAAAAUUGAAAUCUCCCGAUGAUUUCAAACGCAUCAAACAUUGGGCACAGAAGCAUUUAGAUCAUCUAAUGAACGAAAUGGACCAACUAUCCAAUCGAUUAUUAACUUCAGCCGAAGAUCAAACGAGAUCGGUUUAUGAAAAGAUGCUUCUUGUCGGAAAGGAUGCCAGUCAACGUUGGACAUCGAGAGAGGAAAUGCUCGAAACAUACGAGAAAAGUAUCGAAAAAUAUCGGCGAAUAUUCAUCGACGAACUGCAAUUUAAAGAAUUCAAUCCACCAGGCUUGAUCGUUCUCGACAAUCCACUACUAUCUCGAGGAUAUUACUACAAAGAUAAAUUUUAUCUCAAUGUUUGCAAUUGGGAUAACGGCGAAGCGAAAUAUGCCGUGGAGAAUUUAACUCUACACGAAACCGUUCCUGGACAUCAUCUACAAUUCGAUAUAUCGUAUCAUUCGCCGAAUCAUAACUACUUAACGACCAUUCUGUCAACACCGUGCAAUGGAUUCACUGAAGGAUGGGGUUUAUUCGCUGAGCAUUUAGGUGAUGCCAUGUCAAAUAACCCAUGGGUUUACUUCGGAUACUUACAAGCGAAUAUUUUACGUACAUUUCGUAUUAUUGCUGAUAUACUUCUACAUGUGGAAGGGCAAACGCCGCAUGAUGUCAUUCAGUUAGCGAAAUUGUAUUUAACAGUAAGUGAAGAAUGCAUCACCAGUGAAGUUUAUCGUUAUCGAAUCCUUCCCGGUCAAGCAUGUUCAUAUAAAGUCGGUUUAGAAGUGUUCAAACGGAUUAUGAAACAGAAAUUUCAAGUGGAAAAUGUCAACGAUUAUCUCCGACCAGAUCUUCUCGAUUGGUAUAAAGAACUUCUAUGGAAAACGGAGCGACCAUUAGAUAUUUUAUUAGCUGAAAAUGGAAUAUCAUGGUCCUUCGAUGAAUGA